AUGGAUCGAUUAACAUCUAAGACAGAACAAAGUAUUUUUAUUAUGAUUCAUAACCCAUUAUCUAUUAUAUGUGCUUUACGAAUAUGGUAUAAUAUAAGUUGUGAUCAUACUACUCGCGCAAAGUGGCUGAUCUUUCACCAUGGGAGGUCACAUGCAUUAUUUAACGCAGUAGAUUGUGAUCUUAUCAAUAUGAAAAUAAGAAAUGAAAUAUUAGAUUAUGAUAUUUCUCUAAUGAGAAAAACUAAAAGUUCCUGGGCUGAAGAUAUAGAUUUUAAUAUUCUUAAUUGCAUAUUAAUGAAAGUUCAUGAGCUUUAUAGUAAAGAGAAUCUAAAGAUUAGGGAAAAUGAUAUGGAAUUGUUCUAUUUCCUAUCUGGAGGACCUCAAAAUUUGACUGAUGCGAAGAUUAUUCUAGAAAACAACUAUAAUAAGAUCUCUGAGCUUAUUAGUAUAUAUAGAUUUACUCUAUUUCCCAGAAGACCAAAUUCCUCAG